GUUUGUGGAGUCACAAUAAUAUUUAAAAAAAAUUCUUGUUUACUAAUUAAUUAAUUUCUUUGUAAAUAAUUUAGUUUCAUUAAUUAACCUAAAACUCUUUGUUUUCAAUCAAUUGCAUCAAUAAUGGUCUGAUUUGAUUGUUCUACCUUCAAUGGAGCUUCUUUAUGUUGUCUCAUCUUUGGUCAUAAUUUUUACCUUUUGUAACUUCACAACUGGAAUGCAAAUUUGUAUCAGAAUAUGGAAGAAGAAAUCGACACAAGAUUUUCCAGCUUUCCCUUUCAUAGCUGGUCUUCUAUGCACUUUUUUAGGUCUUCGUUAUGGACUAGUUAUCCACGAUUCAGUUACUAUAUUUGUUAAUUCCAUUGGUACCGCUAUUUUCUCUUUAUAUGUUCUAUUCUAUUACCAUUUUACAUUGAACAAACGAUCAAUCAAUAUGAAAAUUAGCUGUCUCAUUGCUGUGAUGUUACUCAUUGAAUUAGCCUUUGGUCAUCAAGAAAAUCCUCGAGCCUUAUCUGGUAUUCUCGCCGGUGUUUCUAGUGUUAUUUUUUCCGGUUCUCCGAUGACCAGUAUUUCUCAAGUUAUUCGAGAUAAAAAUUCUGGUAUAUUACCUUUUUGGUUAAUAUUUUCUACUGCUGUUGUCGCCUUCUUUUGGUUUACUUAUGGUCUUCUCAUAGGCGAUGCCUUCAUCCAGAUCUCAAAUUCCCUCGCCAUAAUCUUGGCUGUCUUCCAAUUAUCAUUGUUCAUUUUCUAUCCACCUCAAAGUAGUUAUAAGACAUUGGAAAAGGAAUUUCUCCUCGAAAAUUUAUGAAAAAGCGGCUCAAUUAAGCUUUUUUACGUUUUUUUUACUAUUUUGGAACUAUUUCUUCUCUGAAAUUUAUCUCUUUUUCCUGAUUUUCUGAGGAAUAACAAAGAACCAAAACUUUUGCCCAUCAAAAGGAACAAUUUUCAAUUUCUCUCUUCAUUCGCCUUUGGACCAAGUUGACCUUCCUUAUUCCUUAAAUUGGAACUUUGUUUUCUUUUUACCGUAAAAAUCAAUCAAAACACAAUCAUCGCCUAUUCCAAUUGACAAUUUGGGCUUAUUUUGUUUAAGAAAAAUCUAUUUAUUCUCAUAUAAUUGAUAAUAAUUAUUACUUUAUUAUGGUAUCUCAAUGUAUGAGAUCAAUCCCAUUUUGAUAGUUCUUGUUAUUAUGACUUGUUAUCAUAUCUAUACCAAAAAAUCAACAAAUUGUACAUCUCUUAUGGUAUAAUCAAAAAAAAAGUUAACUAAUAUUUUAUUAAUCACUAAAUUGUAGUCAAGUAUCAUGAUGUAACAUGAAAGUACUAAUUGAAAGUAAUAACUGUUGUUGCCUUUGAACAAUUAAAAGGGUAUGAUCCGAAUCACAAUAACUAAUAACAUGUGAAUAUUAUUAAUUUCUCAUAAUCUAA